AUGAGCACAACCAAACCCCACAUCUGCAUCAUUGGCUCCCUAAACAUCGACUUUGUAACAACAACCCCCCGCUGCCCAGCAGCCGGUGAGACCCUUACAGCAACAUCUUUAACCGUCUCAGCGGGCGGAAAAGGCGGAAACCAGGCUGUCGCCUGCGGUCGCUCAUCCUUCACAUCUGCUAAAAGCCAAGAUGUCUCCGUGAGCAUGAUCGGUGCCGUCGGCGCCGAAGAUCCCUACUACGCCAGCCUGCUCAAGCCCGCUUUAGAAAAUUCUGGCGUCGACACUUCAUUCAUCCAGCAAUCAGAUGUUCAGACCGGCUCAGCCAGCAUCAUUGUUGAAGAAAUCAAUGGGGAGAAUCGCAUUCUGGUGGUCCCGGGUGCUAAUCAUGCCGGGAUGAUGCAGGAUGUGUCGUCUAUUACCUCUACGUUGGAGGGUCGUGAGCCAGAUGUUGUUGUUUUGCAGGGUGAGAUUCCACGCGACACGACGCUGGAAUUACUUCAAUUUUUCAACAAGCGCACCACCAAAGUCGUGUUCAAUCCUGCGCCCGUGUUUCCCGAGGGCGUGCCGCUCUCUGCUUUGGUCGGGACAGCGGUGUUGAUUAUGAAUGAGACGGAGGUUGUGCAGAUGGCAAGAUCAAUCCAGGGAUUGCCCGUUGAUGAUGCUGAGGCUGCUGAGGAAUUGAGGCCUGAGGAGAUGGCGCCGAGAUUCCAUAAGGAAGCCGGGGUUGAAAUUGUUUUGAUUACUCUUGGUGCUAAGGGUGUCUAUUUCUCGACGAGAUCUGGGGUCACGGGCACUGUGUCUGGUGUUAAGGUUCCAAAGGUCGUGGACACCACUGCUGCGGGGGAUACUUUUGUUGGUUAUUUCGCGACUGCUGUGGCACGCUUCCUGGCGACUGGGAAAAGUUUAGAGUCGUUCGAUUCUAUUCAAGGUGCAGUGGAGAAGGCUAAUGCUGCUGCUGCUAGAUGUGUUCAAAAGCAAGGUGCAAUGCAGAGCAUUCCCUUUGCCUAUGAUAUGGAAUGA